AUGAGCGCAGGCAUGGACAAAGAAUUCUGCAUGAUUCCCGUAACUGCGCCCAACUCCACCGACGUAUUCAUGAAUUUUUCCGACACAGUUUUUUGCUUCUGGGAGGAUCUGCAGGACUCGUCGGAGAAUUCCUCUGACUCCGGCGACCCUCUUGGCGACGACGAUGAAAGUCUUUGCUCUGUCGAAAACAAUCAUAAAGCUUUCUGGGAAGAACAAUACCACCUCCUCCAGGAAACUUUAUGCAGGAGUAGCUCGAUAGAGGCAAGAGUUCGGCAAGCUACAAAGGAAGCUCUGAGAGAGUUGAAUAGGAGGGAUGUGCAGUGCAUUUGCCGGGGAGCAGAGAAUGUUAAGAGCUGUCGGAAUUGUUUGAGGAGGGAAACAUGUGAUCAAUUGUUGAAACUUGGUUACAAUUCUUCCCUUUGCACAUCUAAAUGGAGGACUUCGUCGGAGAUGCAAAUAUCAGGGGAGCACAGUUAUCUGGAAGUGAUGGACAACUCAAACAUUAAAAGAGGAGAGGUGAGAGUGGUAAUUGAAUUGAAUUUUCGUGCCGAAUUUGAGAUGGCAUGUGCCACUGAAGAAUACAAUAAAUUAAUGAACAGGUUACCCGAGGUUUUUGUUGGAAAAACAGAGAGGUUACGAGCCAUAAUUAAUAUUAUGUGCUCAGCUGCAAAAAAAUGCAUGAAGGAAAAAAAAAUGCACCUGGGACCUUGGAGGAAACAACGGUAUAUGCAAGCCAAGUGGCUUGGCAUCACUGAUAGACCCAUAGCAGUGCCAUUUCUCACUGUUUGCUCUUCACGACCACGGAAAUAUAAGGCUUCAAUGCUCACUUACGAUUUAGUAGAAAACAUUUCUGGGCUUCACUGUGUUGUGCUUUGCUGA